UCUGUACCGACCCCUUAUUCAGCAGGAACUUGAGCAGUGUUACGUCCAGCUGCAAUUUGGCCCUUCUGAUUAUUAUUCUUGAUCGUCACCCUAAGUUGCUAAGUGGCAUCGUUCAGAAUUGCCUCGUUUUGGGCAAUGGGGGAGAAUCUCGUCGUCAGCAGCUCAGGAGGAGUUCACUAGAGUACAAUUUGCUGGCCUUUUCCAGGCUUCCGGAACCAGUAGAGUACAAAAACGUAGCAUUGAUGUAAGCAACAGGUUCUCGUUCAUGGCCAGCAUUAGAAUCAGCAGGUUUCGAAUUUUAAAGCGCUUGCUGUUUUGUACCACUAUGCACGGUUACCUGGCUCGUGAUUGCUGCUGCUGCUGCUGCUGCUGCCAUGCGUUCUUUGUCGAGGAUUUUGACAUUACCUCUUGCGAAGCAGUCCGAGACAAACGCGUGAUGGAGGUCGAGUUCUUGGGCUUUUGAAAAUUGUAAACCACGGCAUAAUUUUGGCUUUUCGGAUUCUUGUCACGGUUCAUGCUCGAAACCCUAGUUCUUAUUUUUGAAUGAUUGUGAGAGUUCUGAUGCUGCCAAAGAGAAGUAGGUGAGGUGGAAGAAUGGACGAUGAUCGCGGAGGGGAAUGGAGAAGGCCGGUUUUGGUCAGUUCUUUCGUUUACGUGGAUGACGCCGGAGGAAUGUUAGCUGCUUCAAACGCCUCGUCUUUGGAGAGAGAUUUUUUAGGACGUUACUGCAGGGACGAAGAGGAAUUAUUUCGAAGUCCUGAGAAGUGAUUGGAUAUUGUACGAGUUGAUGAUCAGCGAAGAAGUCGUGUACUCGUUGGUUCUGCCGUAUCAACCCUAGCUAUCCAUGCAGUGCUUUGCCGAACGAAUACUUUACUUUGAGACAAUACAUCCACUCAUAAUUCGGUUGAAAUGGUUGAAGUUCAGGUCUUCGUCAUCGAUUACGAUUUCGGGUCUUGGAAGUUAUUUUGUUCAAACUCAAUGUGGAAUGCUUAGAGACAACAUACGAAGAUGAAGCGUGUCAGAGAGAUCGACCUCGAAGCGCCGGUGAUGGAGGAUGAUGAAGGAGAAGAAGACGGAGAUUCAUACAUGUCUGCAUGGGAUGGAAGGUCCCCCACGAAAAGGACCCGAUGGAUGCAUCCGCACGAGUCCGGUACAACCCAAGGACAAGCUCAGUCCGGUGUUUGGCCCCGGGACUUGAGAAUUGCCAUUGAUAUUAACGGCGAAGCACAGGAGAACUCAGGAACCCAACAAAGACAUGUUGAUGGCGGAGAUACAUUGUUCUCGAGGUCCAGACCGUUUGCUGGAAUUGAUUUGCAACUCGCCAUCCCUUCAGACUCCUUUGAGUUGAAACAACCGGGAGAGGUUAGUUUACAGCAAAUCCAGGAUCACAACCACGUCGAGCAUCUUGAGGCUGUCGUGCGGGGCAACGGAGUGGAGAAUAUAAGAGGUUUUGGAAAGACAGUGAAGCAAAGACCAGAAGACGUACAGAUUAAAUCAGUGAAAGCAAAAUCGCUGACAUAUUACCUUUCAGCUGCCGAUAUGUUAUAUCUCCAUAUCGAUCGGCAGGACAAUAAGCUGCAUUCACUUCUAGAAAAGGAGGGGGCUCUUUUGCAUGACACAGAAGUUGACGUCCGGCUUAGAGCAACACAAAAUAUUAGUGGACGCUUGGGCUUAGUGAAGGAAAGCGCAACGAGGAAUCUUUUGAUAGACCUAUUCCAACAGCAGUUAUGGAAAGAAGCUGAUUUGUCUGUUAGCCUAGCUUUGGUGAAGCUAUUGAGUACUGCUGCUGUUGUAAAAUGUGUGGAUGACGUUCAGCGGGACAACGUAAAGAGUGUGGAAAUUGCUGCCUCGCAUUCGGUUGCACUUUACCUUUUACAGUAUAUUAAAGCCAAGGACGUGCAGAGUUGUCCUAUGAAGUCUUCUAUGAAGCUACAAGUUCUUAGAGCUAUCCACAAUAUCGGGAAUUUGGAAGAUCUAACUGUUAUAGACACCCUUCAGGAUCUCGCUGCAGAUCAGCUUGGAAGCCCCAAUCCGAAGUGUCGAGAAUUGGGGAUACGUUUACUCGUGGCAAGCGUGAGGGAUAGAAGAGGCAAUAGUCAUAUGAGGAAAGGAGACCUUGAAACAUACAAAAGAAGAGCAUUUUCUGGAUAUAACCUGAAGAGCUGGAAGGAAGGACAAUCAUUAAUGCGUUCACUCUUGGAGUACACUCGAGACCCGCAUCCAAGUGUACGAGAGGUUGUUGUGUGGGCUUUACUUCAGCUUCACAGCAAGGGUUUCUCUUUGGAUAACGACACGUAUAAGCACGGAGUCGCACUUUUCAAGGAUUCGUUCGAAGGUGUUCGUCUUCAGGCCAUAAAACUGGUGGGAUUAUGUGCGAAGGAGCUGAUAGAUGGCGCUCAAUCAAAACUUGUGGACAAUGCAUAUAUGCGGGUUUGCAGCAUGAUGACAGACAUGAGCGUGCCUGUAAAAGUGGAAGUUUGCAAUACCCUUGGGGAGAUGACUGGCGUCAGCGAAAGUUUAUUGCUCCAAAGUCUCUCUAAGAAGGUCUCGGCCACAACUGUAGCAGAAGUGGAAUCAAAUUCUUCUGUUGUAGAAGGCGAGGUAGAUGCAGCCGCUCUUGAGGAGAGAAAUCUGCUCAGUUGGAGUGCAGGAGCAUUUGUGGUUGCUCUCGAGGACGAGUUUUGGGAGGUUCGUUCAGCUGCAGUGAAGUCUCUUGCGACACUGGCAAAUGGUUCCGCGAAGAUGGCAAUUGGUGCCUUAGAGCUGGUGGCUGAUAUGAUAAAUGAUGAUUCAUAUUUCGUUCGUCAUCAAACCAUUCAUGCCUUGACGAGCUUAGCUCGUGCAGACCGCCUCGUCUUUAAUCAAGCACAUCUUCACAUGUUUCUAGGCGUUUUAGAAGACUCAAGAUCUGAAAUUCGCAAAGCCGGUCAUGAUCUCCUAUCAACUAUCACACUUCCCAGUAUAUCAACGUUUCAAGUAACAAUACGGGCAAUUUUGACGAGCUUUGAGAAGCAUCCGGAGGAUGAAGAGAGUUUGUUUACUACUCUCGAGAAGUUGGGAUUAUCACAUGCUGGCUACACUGAAUGCAUCAUAUCGGAGCUUCUGCAAGAGCUAAGAGGGUUGCUGAACAAAGAACCAGGACUUGAUGAUCCUCAGUGUAUGGGGAUUUUGGUUCUUCUUCUCGCAGCCGCAUCGUCGAACGUGAAAAUUAUUUCUACAAUUCCAACCCACAUUCUGGCCCUUCCCAGGCUAGUAAGCCACAGACUCCGAACCAGUCUUCCUUCCUUAGUCGGACAGUCCAUAGGCUUCAAGAGCUUGCGCUACACCUGGUUUUCGAAGAAGAGUUCAUUGCUGACCGCAUCGGACAGCAGUGAAUUGAGAAUCAUGGAUUUUGGUAAACAGCAGUUCGGCACAUCAUCUUAUCAUGAUGUCUCCAACAAGGAAAGAUCAAAUGCUGCAGGCCCAUAUUCUGGAGGACAUGCAGAUUAUGAGAGUUCGACUCUCAUUAAGCCAAUUCUUGAGCAUAAGACGCUAUUUUCAACUGAUCUGCACAGAAGGACUUGUCUAAGUCAGGCGGAAGUGGACGAGAUUCUGAUUUGUAUACGGAAUACUUUAUCUAUAGCUCUGAAUUCAAGACACUUACUAGAAAUUAGGGCCUUCGAGGACGUUCUUCAAAGACUCAGUGGCUGCAGGAAAGAGUUGAACCUAAUCAAGGGAAGGUGUUCGAGCCUAAAUGGAGCAGUGACUUUCUCUAGUCUUUAUCUCAAUUGUCUCGAGGUGGUUGUACAGUUACAAUCGAGCAUUUCAACACAAGGUGCAUCUGUUGUAGUAGCUAGGAAGUCAGGAUUGCCACACGACUUACUCCUGAAACUGGACUCGGGUGUCAAGUACCUUUUGUAUCGGUUUCGGGGCUUGAGCUAUGACCAGCUUUCUCAAGUUUAUGAGCUUUACGCCCUUGUCUUCCUUUGGAAGCUCGUACUACAUCCUAGUGAAGCUCUUGUCAAUGAUGGGGCAACUUCCAUGCCUCUUCAAGAGUUAGCCUCCAUCGUAAGGGUGAGCAAGAAGACCUCAGAGGAUGAAACCACUCCUCCUUCUUUCUUUCUCUCAGUGAUAGAAGAGCAGCUCUUGGGUGAAGAAGGAAGCGCGAAGGGUACAAGUAAAUGGAAAUGUGCCCGAGAAGUCGCUCUCUCCUUCUGGCCUCGUGAAAUAUCGGUCGUUGCUUCAAGCGAGGUAUGGGCACACAUGAAAGUACCCGGGCCUGACUUCGAUCAUCAAAUUGAGUUCGUUCCUGGUCUUCCCUUGGGAAUCUCUGUAGAUAUUACUCUUCACAAUGUUUCAGAAAGCUCAGCACUUUGGAUACAGUUUGCCGUGGAUAGCUCAGCAGUGCAAUACAGAUACUUAGACAUGGGAGACAGCCAGGUUAGUUCAGCUUGUAACGUACGUCAGUUGACUAUCGUCCUCCAGUUAGAGAACAUGCAGGCCGGUGCGUCUUGCGUCUCUAGGAUAUGCAUCGUCUUGGAAGGAUUGGAAUAUCAGGGAAAUUAUAAAUCCUGUAGCAGUUGCCGAGGUCCAAAAGGAUCUGUGGUGCCUCUUUGUAGCGAGAAAGAAGCUCAUCUUGUGAACCUUCUAAUAAAAGAGAGGAGCUCUAAGCUGGCUCCUCCAAUUAGACGGUGA